AUGGAGAAACUAUUGAAGCCUACCCGUCUGGAUCUGGACCCCAGCCCCCCUUCUGCAGCAAAGGAAUGGCGGCAUUGGCACAAGACGUUUUCCAACUUUAUUCAAGAAUGUGGUGAAAUGGCUCCAAAUAAACUAAGGACACUCGUGAACUAUGUCAGUCCUAAUGUGUAUAAAUACAUUGAAGAGUGUGUGAAUUAUGAUACUGCCAUUUCCACUUUGGAAAAGUUAUAUAUUAAGGCACCUAAUGAAAUAUACACCAGGCAUUUACUUGCUACUCGCCAACAAAAGGCAGGAGAAACUUUGGAUGAGUUUUUGAGAGAAUUGCGUAAAUUAGGCAAGGACUGUAAUUUAAAUGCAGUUAGUGCAGAACAGUACAGAGAAGAGCUGAUCAGGGAUGCUUUUAUAAAUGGCCUGGCCUCACCUAUGAUUCGGCAGCAUCUUCUAGAAAAUAAAACUCUAGACUUACAGGCGGCUUACAACGAGGCUUACUCUUUAGACCUUGCGCAACAUGAUCAUGUGAAGAGUGGACCAAUGUCUGAGAGCUGUGAGGUAACUGCUGGAAAUCAAGUACUAGCAGCUACUCUGUCCAUGAAGAGAAAGUGCUUUUUUUGUGGAGGUCCCUAUCAUAUUCGUGCACACUGUCCAGCUCGGGAUUCCAGUUGCAAUAAAUGUGGCAGGAAGGGGCAUUUUGCAAAAGCAUGCCUGUCCAAACAAUCUGCAUAUGGAGGUAAAUCUACAGCAGCUACAGUAUUUGACCCCUCACAGUCAUCUCUUCUUGCAGCUAACGCUGGGACCACUUUUCCUCAGAGCCUAUAUCGGGCAGCUACCACAACAACAAUCAAUGGACGGAAGUUGACAGCCCUUGUCGACUCGUGCAGUGAUGACAGUUAUAUAGAUGCAGAUGUAGCAUGGGAACUGAAGCUGCUAAUACAUCCCACUGAUAAAGACGUCGCUUUAACACAGAAAUAUUUGCAUACAAACUCUCCAGGUUAUGUCAAUGUGGACUUGAUUCUUCAUCUUAAUGGAGAAACUUAUCCAUUCACGCGUCUAGCAGUAAAGAAGGAUUUAUGUUCGGGAGUAUUACUUGGUCAGGACUUCCAAGAACAGCAACAGAAAGUGACUAUUGAAUACGGUGGACCGAAACCUGCGCUCAACUUAUCUGGUGCUAACUCCUACUGUUCGUUGGCAGCCGCUACUGUGGAUGAGCCCUCCAUCUUCCAGCAUUUGUUACCUAUUUGUAAGCCUAUUGUCACCAAAUCAAGACAUUACUGUAAAGAUGACAAAGAAUUCAUCAAAGUGGAGACUAGUCGUCUCUUGGCUGAAGGGGUUAUUGAGGAUAGCAUAUCACCGUGGAGAGCUCAAGUUGUGGUGGUUAAGGAUCCCUUAAAUCGACAUAAGAAAAGGAUGUGUGUCGAUUAUUCGCAAACUAUCAACCUGUAUACAGAACUGGAUGCUUAUCCAUUACCUCGGAUUGACACCAUGGUUAAUGAACUCUCAACAUAUAGAGUAUUUUUGACUUUUGACUUGAAAAGUGCUUACCACCAAAUCCCACUAAAGGAACCAGACAAGAAGUAUACAGCUUUUAAAGCCAAUGGACGCCUGUGCCAGUUCUGUAGAGUACCUUUUGGAGUUACCAAUGGAGUAGCAGUCUUUCAACGAACUAUGGAUAAGUUGGUGAAAGAAGAAAACUUACAAGGUGCUCUCCCAUAUUUGGACAAUAUCACUAUUGCUGGACACACUCAAGUACAACAUAAUCAGAAUGUGCAGCGCUUUCUUGAGGUCAUCAACAAGAGAAACCUAACUCUCAAUGCUACUAAAACUAUUAAAUCUGUGCUUACCACUAACAUUCUUGGCUACUGUGUGGGGAAUGGUGUUAUAAAGCCUGACAUGGACAGACUCCGGCCUCUACAAGAGCUACCACCUCCCACUGGUCAAGGAUCUUUAAAGAGGGCAAUGGGUAUAUUUGCUUAUUAUGCUAAAUGGAUACAGAAUUUUUCUGCUAAGAUUCAACCACUGGCAAGAGUAAAGAAAUUUCCUUUAAAUGAAGAAGCUUUGCAGGCUUUUGAACUACUCAAACAGGAACUUGAAGGAGCAACACUACACUCUGUGGAUGAAAAUUUGCCUUCUGAGGUCGAAUGUGAUGCCUCUGAAGUAGCAGUCUCGGCAGUACUCAACCAGAGUGGCAGGCCUGUGGCCUUCAUGUCUAGGACUUUACAUCAUAGAAAAGGAGGCCAUGGCUAUCGUGGAAGCUGUACGUAA